AAGUACGUUUGAGAACAUGACAGAAGUUAUAGAGGUGACAUGAAAUUAUUUCAAAAUCUUGAAGAUUAAUACAUGUAUUGAGAAUGUAGUGUGAGAUCUGGAUAUCGAGUAUAGAAAAUGGCGGCAAGAGUAAAGCCAGCGAGUGCCCCGGGUAGAAUAUCAUGCCGUGACGAUAUCUGGAAAGAUAUUCAGGAUUGGGCAAAACCUUCGGGACGUAACGACGACGAUGACCAAGCACUUGUGAUUGGUUCACAAAUCAAAGACAAUGUCACAGAACAACGUAUGCUGGAAAGUCGUUUGUUUGACCUCUCAAAAGAAAGGUAUAAAUUUAUAGUUCAAGUUGCAUGGCAACGCAAAGCAUUCAUCGAUCGACAAAAACAGAAAACAAGCGUAAUGAAAGAUUUGUUGACAGGAAUCGACACCACAGAAAUUCAGCAGUCCACCAAGAAAAACCAUGGCACUACGUUCAAGGAAAGAAUAAAGCAGUAUAAAGAACUUGUAGAAAAAACAUAUCCUCCAAAACCAAAAUCAGAGCGCAAUAGAAAUAAUAACGAAUUGUUCGAAAAGAAACCGAUUUUCGUUGAUCGUAUUUACAAAACAGAGCCAAUUUUCAGUGAAAGAAAAUCUAGAAAAAGCACAAGCCCUAUUAAAAGAUACGUAAGCAUACAAAGUCCUGGUAAAUGCGCCUUCUUUCCAGCCAUCGAGACGCAAGUGCGAGACCGACGCAUGCAAACAGCACAGGGUCGUCAAAGUGUACCAGUGAAUUUUAUGCGCCAUGAAAAGGUAUGGACAGCCACUGAGUCGAAAGAAGGAACUGACCGAAGUAAACAUAGACCUAGUAUUUCAACUCCAAUUAUUCGACCAAGGUACUUAACAUACAGGUCAGUAUAUGAUAGGCGUUUUAUGACUCUGCAAAACUGUCUGACUCGUCCAUACAACCCGAACUCACAUGGAAAUAACGAUUUAAUGAAUCGAAUGGAACAGCUAAACAAGACAUUUUGUUCUUUGCCAGUGCGAGAUCCACCGACAUCUGAUUUGAUUAAAGAAACUAUAGUAACUACAAAAGUGAGCGAUUGAAUGCUUUUUGGGAAAAUAGUUCGUGAAAAAUCCACCCGCGUUUAAGCGCAUGCUCACUUGCCGGGAUCAUCAAUAAUUGAUGUUUCACCAGUUGCUGAGCAUUCGGAAGAAUUGCAUUGAUGAAUAAACAUGAAAUAAGUAACGCACCACGCGAUAUUUUCAUUAACUUUACAUCAUUUCUAAAUGAAUAUUGCCGUAAGGUAGAGAUACAAGAAUGAGUUGAUACGACUUAAGCAGAAGUAAUACAAAGAUCGGAUCCAUCUUCUCCCAAGUCGCAUCGCCAGAUUUUAACUUGCGUUCAAGGAGAUACCUACAUUAGAACUAAAUUGAGACGAUUUUUCAUACCUAUUCAAUGCAGUGGCGGAUAUAGGGGUUGAAUAGGGUGGCUAGCCACCUCUCUUAGGUGACCGUGAAAAAA